CUUUGUCUGUGUUUUUAUCAAGAGACACUUCUGAUCCACAUGAGGAUGUGGACUGGGCUCUCUCCGAAGUGGAGAAGAAACUCUGCAGACACUUCACAAGGGUUAUCACCAGGGGAAAGCGUGGUCGGCCAGUUCCAGUCCUUCUGACUCCAAAAAUGCUGUGUUCCUUAGAACUCCUUGUUAAGCAGAGAGAGGCGUGUGGGGUUUUAAAAGACAAUGCCUAUAUGUUUGCUAGACCAGAAGCCAUGACACAUUUCCGAGGGUCAGACUGCCUCCGUGGCUUUGCAAAGGCUUGUGGUGCAAAGUGUCCCAAGGCACUGACAUCUACCAGGCUGCGUAAGCAUGCCGCGACCCUUUCAACAGUGCUGAACAUGACCGACACCGAGAUGGACCAGCUGGCAAACUUUCUCGGGCACGACAUCAGAAUCCAUCGUGAGUUCUAUCGACUCCCUGAGAAGACCCUGCAACUAGCCAAGAUCAGCAAAGUUUUAAUGGCUCUUGAGCAAGGAAGAUUAGCUGAGUUCCAUGGCAAGAACUUGGAUGAAAUUGGGAUAGAUCCUGAUGAAAAAGUAGUUGACUGUGAUGAGGAAGAACAAGUUAAUGACUGUGAUGAGGAAGACAGGAGCAUACAAGAGGGACACUGUUCAUCUACUGUUGACGCUUCAGCCGAGGUGGCACUUCCUGCUACCGAGAGGAAUAUGUCACACAAGAGAGGCAAACCAUCAUCAGAAGUGCCGAUGUCUUCAGGAGCCAGUGCUAUGAGACCAACUUGCAAAGGUAAAAGUAGCCAGAAGAAAGCUCCCUGGCAGCAGGCAGAGGUGCAGGCGGUGGAAAGGCACCUGAAGUCAUUCAUCAUAUCUGGCACUGUACCAGCAAAGAGUGACUGUGAGAAAUGCUUGAAAGCUGAACCACAAGCUCUGAGGAACCGCGAUUGGAAGACAGUAAAAUUUUAUGUUUAUAAUCGCAUUACAGCUUUCAAAAAGAAAUUGCAGUGCAGAUAAUACUGUAAAGAUGCAACUAUCUGGCAUGGCAAGUUUUGUUAAAGUUAAAGCCACAGCAGCACUUAAAGAAAUAGAAUAACUUAAACCGUUAAACCAGUGCAAGGCCACACGCUGAAAGCAUUGGUCUAACAAAAGUUGAAAUCCAUGUUUGUGAAAGGAAGCAUGGUGAG